AUGAGCCCAAGCGAGCGUGCUAGAGGAACAAUGGAUCAACGACGCGAGGACAUGCUGGUGCUCUUGGACAAGGCCAAAGACCAGUGGUUCAGCAGAUUUCCUCCAGUUCGCGAUGGCGAAGAGAUCGAUUGGCGCUCAAGAGAGACCAACUCAGCACUGCGGAAGGGAAGAUAG